CUCGCGCCCCGCCCCCGGCCCCGCCGCCCCCUCCCCUGCCGCGCGCGGGGGCUGCUCCUCGCUCCUCCCGCGUUGCCGCCGCCGCCGCCGCCCCCCCCCUCCUCUCCCGGCCUUGGGUUUCCCUGGCGCCGCCGCCGCUCCCUCUGCGGUCCGCCUGAGGAGGAGGAGGAUGUGAAGAUGGCGGAGCUGCAGAUGCUGCUGGAGGAGGAGAUCCCCGGGGGCCGCCGGGCCCUCUUCGACAGUUACACGAACCUGGAGCGGGUGGCCGACUACUGCGAGAACAACUACAUCCAGUCUGCAGACAAGCAGCGAGCCCUAGAAGAAACCAAAGCUUACACCACCCAGUCCUUAGCAAGUGUUGCCUAUCUGAUAAAUACCUUGGCCAACAAUGUCCUGCAGAUGCUGGAUAUCCAGGCAUCUCAGCUACGAAGAAUGGAAUCUUCAAUCAAUCAUAUUUCACAAACUGUUGAUAUUCAUAAAGAGAAAGUUGCAAGAAGAGAAAUUGGUAUUUUGACUACCAAUAAAAACACUUCAAGGACACAUAAGAUUAUUGCUCCAGCCAAUCUUGAACGACCAGUUCGUUAUAUUAGAAAACCUAUUGACUAUACAAUUCUAGAUGAUAUUGGACAUGGAGUAAAGGUGAGUACCCAGAAUAUGAAGAUGGGUGGGCUGCCGCGUACAACACCUCCAACUCAGAAACCCCCCAGUCCCCCUAUGUCAGGGAAAGGGACUCUUGGGCGGCACUCCCCCUAUCGCACACUGGAGCCAGUGCGUCCUCCAGUGGUACCAAAUGAUUACGUACCUAGCCCAACCCGUAAUAUGGCUCCCUCGCAGCAGAGCCCUGUGAGGACAGCUUCUGUGAAUCAAAGAAAUCGAACUUACAGCAGCAGUGGGAGCAGUGGAGGAAGCCACCCCAGCAGUCGGAGCAGCAGUCGGGAGAACAGUGGAAGUGGGAGUGUGGGUGUUCCCAUUGCUGUUCCGACGCCCUCUCCUCCCAGUGUCUUUCCAGCCCCUGCUGGCUCUGCUGGUACUCCUCCCCUUCCUGCUACUUCUGCAUCUGCCCCUGCCCCUCCUGUUCCUGCUACCGUCCCUUCCUCCACUGCCCCAGACACUGCCGCUGGGGGUGCCCAGACCCUUGCUGAUGGCUUCACUUCUCCAACUCCCCCUGUUGUUUCUUCCACUCCCCCUACAGGUCAUCCUGUUCAGUUCUACAGCAUGAAUAGACCUGCCUCUCGCCAUACUCCCCCAACUAUAGGGGGCUCAUUGCCCUAUAGACGCCCUCCUUCCAUAACUUCACAAACAAGCCUUCAGAAUCAGAUGAACGGAGGACCUUUUUAUAGCCAGAAUCCAGUAUCUCUUGCUCCUCCUCCUCCCUCCAUCCUACAGGUAACUCCUCAGUUACCUUUAAUGGGAUUUGUGGCCAGAGUCCAAGAAAAUAUUUCAGAUACACCACCACCACCACCACCUGUGGAAGAACCAGUCUUUGAUGAAUCCCCGCCCCCCCCUCCUCCCCCAGAAGAUUACGAAGAGGAGGAAGCAGCUGUGGUUGAGUACAGUGAUCCUUACGCUGAGGAGGACCCGCCCUGGGCUCCAAGAUCUUACUUGGAAAAGGUUGUGGCAAUUUAUGAUUAUACAAAAGACAAGGAAGAUGAGCUGUCCUUUCAGGAAGGAGCCAUUAUUUAUGUCAUCAAGAAGAAUGACGAUGGUUGGUAUGAGGGAGUUAUGAAUGGAGUGACCGGGCUCUUUCCUGGGAAUUAUGUUGAGUCUAUCAUGCAUUAUUCUGAGUAAAGCUCGGCAGGGCCCUGUCGCCCUCACAGAACAGUCAGGUCUUCCCACAUUAUCACAAGGCCCUGGGGAUUCCCCUCCAGUGAAAUGAAUGAAGGAUACAAAUGACAAAACUGCUUACGUUUCUUUGGUUUAUCCCCCAGUAUUAAAACAAACAAAAAAAAGCAAGCCGAGUCCGAACAAAUGGAUCUUCCUGCCAUCACUUGUACUGUGCUGAGCUGUUUGGAUUGAAAUAAGGUGACCAUUUCUAAAUAUGUCAGAGGUAUAACAGCAUAAUGAUGUAAAACAAAUCAGGUUAAGACUGAUUCAGAAAAAACGGGGAUCUCUCUCAGGAAUACUGUGUACCCUUGGGAUUCCUCCUGCGGUCUGUGGUGUGGGAUGUUCUUCAGUGCCCGCGCUGAGGGUUAGCCUCGUGGCCCCACACUGCUUCCCUGUGAGGACGGAACCAGUAUUUAAGACCAUACGUAACCAUUUUUAUAAUUGUUUCCGAUGGCUUAUUUGUUCUUUAACACUGUAAAUCCUGCAUUCUCUCAGCACUUGAGUGCACCGAAGGAGUCAAUGCUGGCCUGACUUGCAUCCCUUCCUGUUUCUCAGUGUGUGGAUCACGAGGAGGAUGAAAUGAGUCUCCAGACAUGCUGAGGGUGGUUAACAGUUGCGGCUUGAUGUCAGCCUGCUGCUGCUGCUGCAUGAGGCUGCACUGCCGCUGGCGCCCGGCGUGCGCAGACCCGUGCGGUGUGGUGGCCUGGUUCAGGUGCGGAAGGGGCCCGAGAGUCUGAGGACGUGGCCUGUCAGCAGAGCGUUCUGCUCCACAGCGUCCUAGCCCCUUGCCUUAGGCGCUGUUUUGAGGAGUAGGAUCCUGGAGGUCAGACCCAUUAUUUCUUUACUUCUUUCACUGUUUAGAAAACCAUUAUUGUUUUUUGGAAGAUAGCAGUUAUUUUCAGGAAGUCUCUUGACAGCCACUGAAGUACA